UUAAGUACAGCUCCCCAUUAAGGAUUGGCACCUUGGGGGGGGGGGGGGGGGAAGCAGGUACCCAAAUUUGACAGGUACCCGCUUCCAGUCCGAUCGCCUAAGCCAGGCGAUCGGAAACGGAAGGUGUCCUCCUACCCUCCCUCCCUGUAGUCUUUUGGGACACGUGACAGAUCCCAGAAGACUACAGGACCAUUCAUGAAGCGCAGCGCUACUCGCGCAUGCACAGUGGGUACCCGGCUUGGAAGCCGCAAGCUAUCACAGCCGGGUGCCCACACUGAAGAUGCCGGCCUCCAGGAAUACAGGACGGCUGGUGAAACGGGCUGCGGGGGGGACACACCACGGGACCGAGGGACA